UUUCUCUUUUUAUUUAGAUGAGAUAUCCUUGGAGCAGCGAAAUUUUUCCUUUUUCUCAAUGGACUCAAAGGUGCACCAAAGCAUAUCAGGCAGCACAACACAAAUGGCCUUAGCAAAAAGUACUUUGGAGUCCCAAGAAAGUAAUUUUCUUCAAACGUUUUUAUCAUCAGUUACCACUCCCAUUGAUGUGACUUCAUUUAACCAAGAAGAAAUGGUCAGAAUUUCAGAAGGGAGAAGUACACCAUUGAUAAAUUUCUCCGUAACAAGCAGUGAGGCAUUCUUAAGUGACGACAAAUUUAUUAGCCCAUUUCCAAAGGUGCAGUGGACUCCUCCACUGAAGUCUUCUGCAAUUUUAACAGAUCAUCACUCAGUUAAUACAGCAGAGCUACCAAGAGAAACAUUAGAAACUCCGUUACUAACACCUUCAUUAUCUGUCUUUUCUUCACCAUACGACAUCUUGAGAACAGCACAGCAGAAGACUCCACUGAGUGCUGUCCUUGAUUAUAGUACCAGUCUCACAGAGUUGGAGCCUUUUGUACCAGACAGUGGAAUACUGACUGCAAGCAGACACUUGCCAUUGCACCCAUCAGAUACAGAAGCAGGAUUUUCUCCAGAACAUGAUGUGGGCUCAGGUGAUUAUGCUGAAACUCUGUCAUUCACAGCCUCUGAAGUACAAGGCAUAACUCUGUCUACAACUGUAAUUGCCGACAAAUAUGAGUUAGAAGAGCCUACACCUGAGGUAUUUGAUACUUCUUUUCCAUCAAGACCAGUUGUUUCAUUUUCUUCAAGAUUUGCAGAAAUCCCUGCUUCAAGUUUGUUUUUAUUGAGCACUGUGGACACUGCUCUUGAUGACAGAAAACCUGCGAGCUCUCCUUCUUACCAUGAGCUGCUCAGUGAAACCUCACUGGACAUCUCUGCUGUCCAGUUUUCCCUGCCUGUCACAGGAACUGUGUCACUGGCACCAAACACUCAUGUAGAGCAUCCUGCUACCAGCAGUGUUCUGUUGGAGUCUGUGACCAUCGCAAGCCACGCAGUUGCAUCACUUGCAGUCAGCCCCACAACUUGGCUGGAGUCACCAGAACUUAAGCCAUCAGAAUCUGUAUUUUUAUUUGAUAAGAUAUCUACAAGGGAAGAGCUGUCUUUAAAUAUUUCAGAUUUUUCGCCCAAACUUUUAUCAACACCAUUUCUGAUUGAACCUAGCUACUUACUUCUGUCAUCAGCCGUGCUAACUUCUCACUCUGUCAUGCAGAGUGAUUUCUCAACACUGUUACCUCAGACCUUGUUGAGUGGAACACCAGUACUUUCUGAGGAUGUUUCCAGCUGGGACUUAGCUACCGCUGUCAGCUCUGCCACUGACUCUGAGCUGUCUUUGUUUUCUGUCGGGCAAACCUCGUACUUUUAUUCAAAUACAUUCUCUGUUCCAGGUGUGUAUGUACCUGAAAUAAUGCCAUCAUCAAGUUUUCUUUCCAACUCGUCUGUGUUUCUGGAAUCACCAUCAGUAUUGCUGGUGGGAUCCGAAGCCAUGUUUACCUCAGUUGUACCAGGAGCUACCUCUCAGUUAGAGCCUUCCCCUUCCUCCUUGCAGUCCGUGGCUCCCACCCUGGUGCUGCCCUCUUCUGACACCGGGCCUCUUAGAAGCAGCGUCCUGCUUGAUGAGACAAAUCUGAUCUCUGUGUUUACUACCUUCCCGACAACUCCUGUCUUAAAUGUGUCUUCAUCUCUGCUCUCAACUGGUCUGGCUUCGGAUGAGGAUAUUGGUGCUACAGUUAAGGCCACGCUGCUUUUAACAUCCCUCAGCGAGAGCAGCGCUCACACAACAGCCCUUAUGACCACAGACCCUGGCGGCCCGACGCAGCAUGCUGAUGCCAGCAGCAUUCUCCCCUCUCCUACAGAAUCUCUGUCUGUGACCACAUUGUUUGUUCCCACACAAUUUCCCUCGACUUCCCUCCCCCCCACGGGGUACGACGUUCCAACGGGAGCUGAUGAUGCUGACACAUCAGUUGCUGCCAGCACCAUCCCCACCACCACUGCCACCAGCACCACAAGCAGUUCUGGUGUUUCCUCCUCCCCUCCUCUGCUGACCUCCACUCGCCCUGGAGCCGCCAUCCUCCCCUCUGCCACCAGCACCACCAGGCAGCCCUACGUCUGUGACAUCGCGAUUCCUGACACGUACCUCGUCACUGCUGUGCUGGCCCGAAGAGCUAUUCUCCAAAACGUCAGUGAAUCCAUCAGAGAAGUGCUCAGAGCUCAGUUCAGGCGAUCAGUAGAGCUAGAGGUAAGUGGCAUGAAAUGUACAAGCACUCUUUGA